AGCGAAGCGGGGCAGGCGGGCGCGGAUGGCGGCGGCGCAGGGCGUCUGACCAAGCGGGGGCGAUGAGCGCCACCCGUCCCCAGUUCAGCAUCGAUGACGCCUUCGAGCUGUCCCUGGAGGACGCGGGCCCUGGCCCCGAGUCCAGCGGAGUCACCCGCUUUGGGCCGCUGCACUUCGAACGCCGGGCGCGGUUCGAGGUGGCCGACGAGGACAAGCAGUCCCGGCUUCGCUACCAGAACCUGGAAAACGAUGAGGAUGGAGCCCAGGCGUCUCCGGAGCCAGAUGGGGGAGUCAGCACCAGGGAUUCUGGCCGAACAUCCGUCCGCAGCUCCCAGUGGUCCUUUAGCACCAUCAGCAGCAGCACCCAGCGUUCCUACAAUGCCUGCUGCAGCUGGACUCAACACCCUUUGAUCCAGAAGAACCGCAGGGUAGUGCUGGCCUCCUUCCUGCUGCUGCUGCUAGGGCUGGUGCUGAUCCUGAUCGGCGUGGGACUGGAGGUGGCCCCCUCACCAGGUGUCUCCAGCGCCAUCUUCUUCGUACCCGGCUUCCUGUUGUUGGUCCCAGGAGUCUACCACGUGAUCUUCAUCUACUGCGCGGUCAAGGGCCACCGGGGUUUCCAGUUCUUCUACCUGCCCUACUUCGAGAAGUGAGCCGCCUGCAGGCGCCGAAGGACAGGGACAGCAGGGAUCCACGUCUGCCCCUGGUGGCCUCCUCUCGUCCCCAGGGGGUGCUCCUCGGCCUGCGCUGCUCCGGUUCCCUCAUCUCGAUGGAAAAGUCUCCCCAGGACCCUCCAGGCUCGGGCCCCAUCCGGAGAUUCUUCAGGAAGUUUGGGGCGCGCCCUUUUCCUGGGCCUGGGAAAGCCUCCCCUUGCCUGUUCUGUGCCUUAACUUAUUCUUGGGCCCUGAGGAUCCUGGGUUUGUGGUGUUUAGUGCUAAUAA